AUGAGGCACACAAGUCCACAUUCAGAAAAAGCACUACCUAGUGCCGACAAACAUAGUGUAAUGAGGCACACAAGUCCACAUUCAGAAAAAGCAGUCCCUAGUGCUCAUGAACAUAGUUUAACAAGGCACACAAGUCCACAUUCAGAAAAAGCACUCCCUAGUGCUCACGAACAUAGUCUAACGAGGCACACAAGUCCACAUUCAGAAAAAGCACUCCUUAGUGCUCACAAACAUAGUGUAAUGAAGCACACAGGUCCACAUUCAAAAAAAGCAGUCCUUAGUGCCGACAAACAUAAUGUAAUGUGGCACACAAGUCCACAUUCAGAAAAAGCACUCCCUAGUGCUCAUGAACAUAGUGUAAUAAAGCACACAGGUCCACAUUCAGAAAAAGCAGUCCUUAGUGCCGACGAACAUAAUGUAAUGAGGCACACAAGUCCACAUUCAAAAAAAGCAGUCCCUAGUGCUGACAAACAUAGUGUAAUGAGGCACACAAAUCCACAUUCAAAAAAAGCAGUCCCUAGUCCUCACGGACAUAAUGUAAUGAGGCACAAAAGUCCACAUUCAAAAAAAGCACUCUCUAGUGCUGAUGAACAUAGUGUAAUGCGACACACAAGCCCACAUUCAGAAAAAGCAGUUCCUAGUGUUUACGAACAUAAUGUAAUGAGACACACAAGUCCACAUUCAGAAAAAGCAGUCCCUAGUGGUCACAAACAUAGUGUAAUGAGGCACACAAGUCCACAUUCAGAAAAAGCAGCCCCUAGUGGUGACGAACAUAGUGUAAUGAGGCACACAAAUCCACAUUCAGAAAAAGCAGUUCCUAGUGCUGACGAACAUAGUGUAAUGAGGCACACAAGUCCACAUUCAGAAAAAGCAGUCCCUAGUGCCGUCGAACAUAGUGUAAUGAGGCACACAAGUCCACAUUCUGAAAAAGUGGUCCCUAGUGCUAACGAACAUAGUGUAAAGAGGAACACAAGUCCACAUUCAAAAAAAUCAGUCCCUAGUGCUGACAAACAUAGUGUAAUGAGGCACACAAGUCCGCAUUAA